AUGGGGCCGGUGGUCUGCGCAGCGAAGCCGGCGGUAAGUUUUGCCGAUCAGAAGCCCAUGUGCCAGCCGUGUGCCGCCAUCACUAUCGAUGACCCCGUCAAGAGGUGCAUGUUUAACACCACCACCUGCGAAAAUGUGGGACCUGGCCAAACCUGCGAGAUCGACUGUGCUGCGCCCUUCGUACGUGUGGGAAACACCAGCAUGGGCGUCUGCGCAGCCGGGAAUAGCGUCCCGAACAGGAUGCUGGUGUGGGAAGAACCCACCUGCACGUGCCCAGAGCCAGUACCACAGCAGGGCUAUUCAAAGGACAGUGCUGGGCACUGGCACUGUGCACAGGGCUUCGCCGGAAUGCCGGAGAUUGUCUGCCAGCCACUUCCAGGUUGCCUGGGAGUGCAGACGUUUCUGCGCGGUUGUGACAAGCUGGUGCCGUGCGCCAUGCCCUCUGUGGACAAUUGCAGGUUCGACGUUUCUCGCUGCACCCAAGUGCCUCCGGGAGGGAGCUGUGAGAUUCAUUGCCAGCGGCCCUUGACUGGAAAUCACACAGUGGCAGUCUGCAAGGAUCUCAACACAGAUCCUCUCCUGGAGUUGGAGUAUUUCCCUCUCACCUGUCUCCUCGAGUCCUGUCCAGACCCAUCUCCUUGGCCAAUGGGCUACAACAAGACCCCUGAGGGCAAGUGGACGUGUGCCAACGGCUACAACGGCACUGCCCGCAAUCGAUGCGAGUUAAGUGACACGUGGACUUCAGACUGCUCUGCUGCAGCAGCUCUGACUGGCUGCAGGCCAGUGGUCCCCUGCUUGGCUCCCACCGUAACUGGAACGGAGUUUUGUGCACUUGACUUCUCUGCUUGCACCUCUGUGGAUCCUGGCGAGCAGUGCGAGGUUCACUGCAAGAACCCCUACACUGGGGCCAAGACGGAGGCUUACUGCCCGCAAGGGAACACGAAUCCCAACGGAUUGGUUUGGACGCGGCCGCCGUGCAUCUUGGAGACCUGUGAUGAACCUGGCACUAUCCCGGCGGGCUUUCGCCGUGUGAAUGACGUGUGGGAGUGUGCCCAAAGCUACACCGGCUUCGCCCAGAAGGUUUGUGACAUGACGGAGAACUGCGAGGUGAGGGCUGUCCUGCAGGGCUGUGCCCAGCUUGUGCCUUGCCAAGCGGAGCAGUCUGACUGUCGCUACGACAUGUACGGCUGUGUCAGCGUCCAGCCCGGAUCUAGCUGCCGGAUUCGAUGUCAGGUUCCGUUCGCUGGCACGGAGACCACGGGAACAUGUUUGGAUGGCAACACCGCCACCGACGGUUUGGUUUGGUCACCGCCUGUCUGCACGAUAGACACUUGCGCCGACCCGGCUGAUGGCGGUGGCUAUCAGAAGGUGGAGAACGUCUGGGAGUGCGCCCCAGGCUAUUCCGGCAUGGCCACAAAGACCUGCCAAUGGGCGGAGGAUGCUUGUGAAGCCAGCCCAGUGCUCUCCGGCUGCGUGCCGGAGCAACCUUGUCGUCUGCCAGAUCUGGGCGACGUACCUUGCAUGUACGACACUUCGGGCUGCAUGAAUGUGGAGCCAGGAAAGGUGUGUAGCAUCCGCUGCCAGGCUCCUUACAUCGGGCCGCAGACAGAUUUCACCUGUCCGGUGGCUAACGCGGACCCUGAGAUGCCGUUGCAAGGUGUGUUGCCCGUCUGUGGCUGUGCCGAAGCGAACCCAAUCCCGCCUGGAUACAAUGUGACUCGCGACCAGUUUGAGAACACGGUGACCUAUUCCUGUGCCACCGGCUACGGAGGUGUCGCACAGAAGGUUUGCCUUCCUGGCCCGCACCCCAGAGGCGGAGGAG